AUGAAUACAUUUUUAUCCACUACAUUUCAAAAAGACAUUGCUCUGCUUUAUGCUGGCAAUGGCUUACGUCGUCCUGAAUAUGAAUCGGUUCUGUUUGAACUGAUACUGUUUACAGAUAUAAAAGUUCGACCAUUUUCAGCUACUCAACGACGCAGUUAUUUCAUUGACGAAGAUGAGCUGUUAUGUGCAAUAGCAGCCAUUUUUCGAAUUGAUUCUGUUGAAGAAAUGUCAAAUGGUGUUUCGUGUGUUAAAAUGACAUUGAUAAAAGAAGAAGAUAAACAAGUGUUAUAUCUGAUGGAACAUUUUCAACUAUCAGUCGGACAAACACCGAGCAUCCUGACAUUCGGACAGGUUUUAAUUCGUAUCGGUCAUAUUGCCAAAGCCGAACGGUACUUUAAUAUACUACUUAAACAGGUAUCACCGACUGAUCCCAUCCCGGAUUGA